CUCGUUUUCUCACCACCUGUUAGUACGACUCUUCUCGCUGUCUCAGUCACUUCUUUGUAUUGCUGCUGUUUGUUGUAUUUGUGCAGGAAUCAACUCACUCCUCCAGAGACUCUAUGACGGUGCGGAGAGGAAACAAGCUCAGCAUCUCCAUCCAGGAACACAUGGCCAUCGACGUCUGCCCCGGCCCCAUCAGGCCCAUCCGACAGAUCUCCGCCUACUUCCCGCGCCUGUCCCCCACCUCGCCCACCCCCGUCUCGCCCAGCCCCGCCUUCUCACCGCCGGCCCUCAGCCCCAGCUCGGUGACCUCGGGGACGGGCGCCGCCCAGCUCCUGUCCCCUCUGCUGGCUCACGGCCACCAUGGCGGCGGCGGCGGCGGCUCGCUGUCGCUGACGAGCAGCGUGGAGACGUCGGUGGAGAUCAACAGCUCGGACAGCGACGACUGCACGGCUCUGGGGACGCUGGAGUUCGAGCUGAGAUACGACCACGGCUCCAGCGAGCUGCACUGCACCGUCCUGCGGGCCAAGGGCCUGAAGCCGAUGGACUUCAACGGCCUGGCCGACCCGUACGUCAAGCUGCACCUGCUGCCCGGCGCCUGCAAGGCCAACAAGCUGAAGACGAAGACGAUCCGGAACUGUCUGAACCCGGUGUGGAACGAGACGCUGACGUACGUGGGCAUCACGGAGGAGGACAUGCACCGGAAGACGCUCAGGUUGUCGGUGUGCGACGAGGACAAACUGACUCACAACGAGCUGAUCGGAGAAUCGCGAGUUUCUCUGAAGCGAGUCAAAGCCAACGUGACCAAACACUUCAACACCUGCCUGGAGCACCCACCACCGCUGCCCUCUCCCACUGCCAUGGGCGAAGCCCUCAGAGGAAUCUCCUGCUACCUUCGAGAGUGGGAGAACGAGCAGCUGCACAGUCUGGAGGAACGAGGUCGUCUUCUUCUGUCGCUGCAGUUCCUGCCUCCGCUCAGCUCGGAGGAUGAAGGUGUGGAGGGAGGAGGAGGAGGAGGAGGAGAGGAGGGAGGCGGUGAGGGCCGCCAUCGCGGCGGCCUCUGUGUGGGCGUGAAGCGCUGCGCCCACCUGGCAGCCAUGGACGUGAACGGAUUCUCCGACCCCUACGUGAAGAUAUACCUGAAGCCCGACAGCGAGAAGAAAUCCAAACACAAAACAGCCGUGAUGAAGAAAACGCUGAACCCCGAGUUCAACGAGGAGUUUUUCUACGAGAUCUCUCUGGCAGAGCUCGCUAACAAGACCCUGGAGGUGACGGUGUGGGACUACGACAUCGGACGGUCCAACGACUUCAUCGGCGGCGUCUGCCUCAGCGGCCUCUCCCAGGGUGACGCCCUCCGCCACUGGACGGACUGCCUGAAGAACAAAGGCUGCAGGGUGGAGCGCUGGCACAUCCUGACCAACGAGCUUCCCCAGACCUUCAGCCACGACUAACCCGCACCGGGUUCCCCGGGUCCCCGG